GCAGAGGGCUUGAAUCUUCUUAAAGAGAGCGAAUUUUUCGCGCCUCAGCUCUUUCAAUAAUUAUUGUAAUUUCUAUUAUUUGUAUUUUGUAGUGUUUUAUUUGUAAUUAUCACCAACAAUUUUAAGAAGAUUCAAAUAGCAAAAGUUCAUGGAGCCAGUACUGGAGAAGCCUAACGAGAAUACCGGUGAUCUUAACAAGCCCUUCUGGUUCAAAGGAGCUCAUUUUAAGAGAUGGAAAUGCAAGGUGUUUUUCUACCUCAGUCUCCUCAAGGUGGCGUAUAUCCUGACUGAGAAAAAUCCGAACAAAGUCCCCACUGAAGAGAUGACCGACGAGGAGUAUGCUGCUCAUCUUGAAAAAAUCGAAAAAUAUAACACAGAUGAAUAUAAAUGUCAUUACUAUCUUUUGAAUUGUCUUUCAAAUCAAUUUUAUGAUUAUUAUGAUACUACUUACACCACUGCCAAGAAAAUUUGGAAAGACUUACAGAACAAAUAUGACACU